UAACAAUAUUUAAGCUGUUUAAGCUAAAAGCUUCCUCAUAUUUCUCGCAUAAGUGCCCGCUUUGAACUGGAAUUCAAUAUGGUAAUGUUACUCAGAUACAGAUUAAUUUGUAUUCUCGUCUAGACAGGUGUAUAUUGUAGAGCAUUUGAUUUAUUUAAAAGUGCACGUGAACAACUAGUUCUUGUAGCUGUAACUACCAUGACAAGAUGUACUUUACACCAAUAUUGUGACUGUGAAGUACUCGAAGAAGAAAAAAUAUGUUUUGAUAAAAUUCCUCAAAAUGCUAUUAACUUUAUUAGAAAUACAGUGAUUGCACAAUGUGAUCUCAAAGGUGAACCUGGAUUACCACCGUGCGAAGAGGGAAACGUAACUUCAUGCCUUUUGCCUUAUAUGUGUUCGAACAAAGAGAAAUUCAAAAGCCACUUGACGACUGUUUUCGAGCCUUUGGUUCACUAUUGCAAGGAUCUUUUAACUUCAACUGAUCCAAUAAAAAUUGCUGACAAUAAGAAAAUAGAAGAGUUUAAGGUUUGCUUUUCUCCAUUCAUUAGCUAUUGCUUGAUAUUCCCCACGUAUUGCAAAAGCAAUCAAAUCGAUCUUGUUUAUUACAUGCAAAUCCUGUUCUGCAAUAUCGGUUUUUCUUUUUCUUAG